AUGUCGGAAGUGAGACCAAGAGUGUUCUUUGAUGUUUCUAUCGGGGGCGAGCCCACCAGGCGUAUCGUGUUCGAACUAUUCGCUGAUGUCGUUCCUAAAACCGCUGAAAAUUUCAGAGCUCUGUGCACAGGUGAGAAGGGAGUGGGCCAAUCAGGUAAACCGCUGCAUUACAAGGGUUCCAUCUUUCACAGAGUGAUCGAAAGCUUCAUGUGCCAAGGUGGUGAUUUUACUCUCGGUGACGGCAGAGGCGGUGAGUCUAUUUACGGUGAAAAAUUCGAAGAUGAGAACUUCCAGCUAAAACAUGACAAGCCCUUUCUCUUGUCUAUGGCCAACGCUGGCCCAAACACGAAUGGUUCUCAGUUUUUCAUUACCACCGUUAGCACCCCACAUUUGGAUGGAAAGCAUGUCGUUUUCGGUCAGGUAAUUGCUGGUAAGUCGGUAGUUAGAGCCAUUGAGAAGACAGAGAAGGCAAACGACAAGCCAGUCAAGGAUGUUGUUAUUGUCGACUGUGGGGCACUUGCAGCGGAUGCUCCAUUGAGUGUAGAUGACGGUACUGGUGAUCUGUAUGCUGACUCCAUUGAUGACGAGCCCACCAUCGAUCUGACUAAACCAGAGACCGUCAUCAACGCAGUUUCAGCUAUCAAGGAUUUGGCUACUAGCUUUUUCAAGAAGGGCGAUCUCGAGGUGUCUUACCAGAAAUAUAGAAAGGCCCGUUCUUAUCUGGAAGACUACUUCCCUGAAGAUCUCUCAGAGGAGGAUACUGCUAAGGUGAACCAACUGAAGACUGCGGUUUUCCUCAACAUCGCACUGGUUGCCAUGAAACUCGGAAAGGCCAAGGAGACUGUUGAUGCUGCUACUGAAGCUCUUGAGAGUGAAGCCAUUGAUGACAAGGGAAGAGCCAAAGCUCUGUUCCGCCGUGGAGUUGGCCAUCUAAAGGCCCAUAAUGAGGAUGAGGCUAUCGUUGAUCUCGAAGCCGCUUUGAAGUUGUCCCCUGGUGACCCCGCCAUCAAGAAAAACAUCGAAGCUGCUCAAAAGUCGCUUAAAGAAAGCAAAGCCAAGGAAAAAGCGGCCUACGCUAAAUUUUUUGCCUAG